AUGCCCAACUAUAAAGACGUCUACCCCACCUAUCAAUCAGUGGUGCUCUCCGAUCAUCACCUGUCACUCAGAGUGAAACCGCAGCUCCACAAGCCCACGAACAUCCUCCUCCUCUCUCUGGCUGUGUCAGAUUUGCUUGUGGGGUUCAUAUCAAUGCCAGGGGCAAUCUACCAAAAUACAAGCUGCUGGUUUCUUGGUGAUAAUAUUUGUUUUUUAUAUAAUUACUUGUGCUUUAUCAUUCCCUCCACCUCAGUAGGGGAUAUGGUGCUCAUAUCAAUUGAUCGUUAUGUGGCUAUUUGUGACCCUCUUCAUUACCAAACUAGAGUCACUAAGAGAAGAGUCAAAGUCUGUGUCUGUCUGUGUUGGGUCUGUUCGGUUGUGUACAACAUUUUAUUUCUUAAAGAUGAUCUGAUUCAAGCAGGAUGGAAUAGCUCCUGCUAUGGAGGAUGUGUUAAUACUGUUGACUUGAUUUCAGGUACUUUUGAUCUUGUUUUAACCUUUAUUGCACCAAUUACCAUCAUCAUAAUCCUGUACAUGAGAGUAUUUGUGGUGGCUGUGUUUCAGGCUCGUGCCAUGCGCUCUCACAUUAGAACUGUAAAACUGCAGCAUUCAGUUACAACAACAGCAAGAAAAUCUGAGCUGAAAGCAGCCAGGACUCUUGGUGUUCUUGUGGUUCUAUUUCUAAUAAGUGUUUGCCCAACUUACUGUGUAUACCUUGCAGGGGUUGAGACAUUCAGUGACUCUUCUGCGUUUGCAGUGGAUUUUCUGUUCUAUUUUAACUCCUGUGUUAACCCUGUGAUUUAUGCCCUAUUCUACCCUUGGUUUAGAAAAACUGCAAAACUCAUUAUCACCCUGCAAAUAUUGAAGCCUGGCUCCUGUAAAACCAUAAUACAGUAAAUUGAUUAAAUGUAAAAAUAUAAAAAAAUUUCCUGAGAUAGUAUCAAAAUUUAUUAUAAUUUUUAGUGUUCAAAGCUACUUAGAUUCCCAAAUGUUUUGAUGUUGUUUUAAGGUGUUAUAAUAUUUUUUUUCCACCUCACAAACUAAAAUGAGGACAGAACUCUCAUCCUAAGACAAAUCAUGCAGUGGUUGAUUUCUUGCUAUUAGUUCCCUUUUAAAUUGCUUAAACUUGCAACUAUAGGGAAAUUCUUGCAGCAUAGUCACUGGUCUUAAUGUUAUAGAUUUUCCUGAGGAGCAGAUAAUACAAACGGCAAUCAGUUUUUUUUUUUCGGCCACCUAAAGUCUUUUCAUAGUGUUUGCAUCAUGUAUUUUAGUUUCUG